UGGAAUUCCGUGUGGCUUUCUAAGCGGAGAGCGUUUGGUGUGCAUCGUCUCGGCCUGCAGCUCACAUCAUGCCCGCGUUGUCCACAGGAUCUGGUAGCGACACAGGCCUGUAUGAGCUGUUAGCUGCCCUGCCAGCCCAGCUGCAGCCACAUGUGGGUAGCCAGGAAGACCUGACCUUCCUCUGGGACAUGUUUGGUGAAAAAAGCCUGCAUUCACUGGUCAAGAUUCAUGAGAAACUCCACUACUAUGAGAAGCAGAACCCCGUGCCCAUCCUCCAUGGUGCAGCGGUCCUGGCCGAUGAUCUGGCCGAAGAGCUUCAGAACAAGCCAUUAAACAGUGAGAUCAGAGAGCUGUUGAAACUACUGUCAAAACCCAAUGUGAAGGCUUUGCUCUCUGUACACGAUACUGUGGCUCAGAAGAAUUACGAUCCGGUAUUACCUCCUAUGCCUGAUGAUAUUGACGAUGAGGAAGACUCCGUGAAAAUCAUUCGUCUGGUCAAAAAUAGAGAACCACUGGGAGCCACCAUUAAGAAAGAUGAGCAGACGGGAGCCAUCAUUGUGGCUAGAAUCAUGAGAGGAGGAGCCGCAGACAGAAGCGGUCUUAUUCAUGUUGGUGAUGAACUUAGGGAAGUGAAUGGGAUUCCAGUCGAGGAUAAAAGACCUGAGGAAAUAAUUCAGAUUUUGGCUCAGUCUCAGGGAGCAAUUACAUUUAAGAUUAUACCCAGCAUCAAAGAGGAGACGCCAUCUAAAGAAGGCAAGAUAUUUAUCAAAGCCCUCUUUGACUAUGACCCUAAUGAGGAUAAAGCAAUUCCAUGUAAGGAAGCUGGGCUUUCUUUCAAAAAGGGAGAUAUUCUUCAGAUUAUGAGCCAAGAUGAUGCAACCUGGUGGCAAGCAAAGCAUGAAGGUGAUGCCAAUCCCAGGGCAGGCUUGAUUCCCUCAAAGCAUUUCCAGGAAAGGAGAUUGGCGCUGAGACGACCAGAAAUAUUAGUUCAGCCCUUGAAAGUUUCCAACAGGAAAUCAUCCGGUUUUAGGAGAAGUUUCCGUCUUAGUAGAAAAGAUAAGAAAACAAAUAAGUCCAUGUAUGAAUGCAAGAAGAGUGACCAGUACGAUACAGCUGACGUGCCCACAUAUGAAGAAGUGACACCCUAUCGGCGGCAAACCAAUGAAAAAUACAGACUUGUUGUCUUGGUUGGUCCCGUAGGAGUAGGUUUGAAUGAACUGAAACGAAAGCUACUGAUCAGUGACACACAACACUAUGGUGUGACAGUGCCCCACACAACCAGAGCGAGAAGAAGCCAGGAGAGUGACGGCGUGGAAUACAUUUUCAUCUCCAAGCAUUUGUUUGAGACAGAUGUACAAAAUAACAAGUUUAUUGAAUAUGGGGAAUAUAAAAACAAUUACUACGGCACAAGUAUUGACUCGGUUCGGUCUGUCCUGGCUAAAAACAAAGUUUGUUUGUUGGACGUGCAGCCUCAUACAGUGAAACAUUUAAGGACCCUAGAAUUUAAGCCCUACGUGAUAUUUAUAAAGCCUCCAUCGAUAGAGCGUUUGAGGGAGACAAGAAAAAAUGCAAAGAUUAUCUCAAGCCGAGAUGACCAGGGUGCUGCAAAGCCCUUUACAGAAGACGACUUUCAGGAAAUGAUUAAAUCUGCACAGAUAAUGGAAAGUCAAUAUGGCCAUCUUUUUGACAAAAUUAUCGUAAAUGAUGACCUCACUGUGGCAUUCAAUGAGCUAAAAACAACGUUUGACAAGUUAGAGACAGAAACCCACUGGGUUCCAGUGAGCUGGUUACAUUCAUAACUAAGGGAAGUUCCACGAUCAUCUUUUUUGUAGAGUGCAUGAUGAAUCAGUUACCGUUUUGGUGGUAGGGUUUUUAAUCUAUAGCACUGUUGUAGAUGUGCAGUCUUGCUUAAAACUGAAUGUUGGUUUUGUUUGUAUCUUUUUACAGCCUUGUUUCAAACACAAUAUUUGAGUAUAAGAUCCAAAAUCAAAAUUCGCACAGUACCAUAUUCUGAGCAGAGCUUUGAACCUGCUGGUUGCCUUUAAUAUGCAGCUCUAGCUCCAAGAUGAGGUUGGACUUUUGGAGAGAAAUAGCUCAAGAAUAGAUAUGGGACUUCAGUGCUUCAGAUGGUCUCAGACGUGGCACCUGCCAUCAAGUUUGUAGGUUAACAGUUGAAGGUAUUAAGUUAGCGGCCUUGAACAGCUCCAAGCAAACAGGACAUCUUUGCUGUUCUUUGGAUGGGUCAUUAUAGAUUCACCCAGGCUGGCAGUAAGACAUCCUCUUAUUCUAAAAAUGCAACCUUUUUCUUACAUACAUAUGAUAUAUUCAUAGUGGCCUUCAUGUUCUAGCUUGAGAAGGCCUUUUUAUGACUACAGAUCAGUGACUCAAAUAUUUAAGAAGGGAAGAUGGACUUUUAAAACUAAUUAUAUCUGUGACUAAAAGCCUUUCCUUAUGGUAUUAAUCUUUGUCAAGAUGGUGAUAUCUUGGGGCAAGUAACAAUUACAAAGGACAUUUUUAUUUGUAAAUCCUCAGACAGGAUUUCUAGAGUCACCAAAGAGGUGAUUCUUAGCUGGCUUUGGAUUGCCCCAAUAAAUUAUAAGAACGUGAUACCUAUUCUAAAAGUAGAUGUUUUACAUGUUACUGAUACAGUUAAAAAAUGUGAUCACUUUUCACAAAUGCAAUUGAACAUAUAUUUAAAUUGCACUCCGACGUAUUUUAGAAAAAUUUUCAUGUAAUGUUAACUUAUCUCUUCAUCAUGAAAAUAAUUCUUCACACUGGUCAGAUACUAUCGUAAUCUCACCAUUUUUCCAGAACUUUAAGAAAGACUCUCAUACUAUAGAUAUUUAGAUGGGCUCUCAUUUUUCUUGGUUACUACUGAACUUCAGCAGCUUAAUCACGUAGCUCAGGACGGUAGAAACGACGUAAGUUGUGUAAGAGAACAUGUCAUUCUUGCCUGCAGUGAGACCCUACCCAUCAAAACCCCCUGCAUCUGUGACUUCCAAACAGAAAAUAUUUUUUUCUUGUUGAU